AUGUCGUCAAUAAACAAAAGAAGAUAUAAUUUUGUUCCAGACACUGAAAAAAAUUCUGAUUCAUACAAAAAGAGACGUGAAGCUAACAAGGCUGCUGUUGAUAAAUUUCGUAGUAAAGAAAAAGAAAUAAGAGAUGUUCAAAAUAAGAUAUUUGAGGAGAAAAUUCAUUCACUUGAGAAACAAGUUAAACAAUAUGAUAUAAAUAGGCAAAUUGAUCUAAAUAUUAUGAAGAAUGAAUUUACAAGACAAAUAGAUAAAUUAAAUAAUUCAUGGCAAUCUUAUUUUGAUCAAUUUGUUUCUAGUGUAAAUUAUCAACAACAACAAACUAAUGCACAACUUGUACAGCUAGUUAGCACUGUUGAUAACUUAAAUCGUAUUAUCCAAAAUCAAAUUAGUGGUGGUGCAACAGGUAAUUUAUAUUGUGAAGGAAUGCACUUCCCAGAUGAGGAUGUAUUUGUAACGUCUUUUGAAGAUAAUGAAUUUAGCCCAACAAAAAAUUCUGAAUUUGGUCCAUUAAGUAAUAUAAACAAUGAUGACCAAAAUCUUCCUGAAUAUCCGUUGAAUGAUGAAAGCUGUGUUCCGUUAAACGCAACAUUCACUACAGAAGGUGAGAUUAACUUUAAUGGUCCUAUUUCAAAUGGUGUGAUUUUACCUGGUCGACCUCCACCUGCAGUUAUGGAAGAACUGGAAGAUGUGACAAGUUUAGAUGAAUUAAGUUAUGUUACUGAGGGCAGUGACACAUUUUCUUUUAUGCUUUAA